CGGAAAUCAACACGGAAGUGAGUUUCGUUACUAGCGCAAACGACGUAAAGAAGGAAAACUUGGUUAACUCUGCUAACUCAGCUUCAGGUAUUUGAAGACGAUUCAUUUGUAAACUUGUAAGCUGACCAAAUGGCACUCCUCUACAAAGCAGCCUGUUAUUUAAAAAUUUUGAAUGACUUUAGCUUGCUGAAUAAAUUGUAAGAAUUUGGCCUCCGUCGCCCGUCGGUUUAGCCAAGUCAUGGGCUAACGUUAGCAUUGACAACCAGCAUGACACAGCCAGAACUCCGCACAGCUAAUGAUAGCUAGCUGGCUAACCGCUACUUUUGUUAGCUUCGCUCUGAAAAGUCUUUGUGGCACAAACGAACAGCUCGACACUGGUGAAACUUUUGGAUCAGACAGCAACUACAUUGUGACGUAUUCGGACUGGUUUACAACAAGAUCUAAAGAUGUCGUCAGGUGCUCUCUUUCCAAGUUUGGUGAGCGGCUCUAGGGGAAGCUCCAGCAAGUACCUGGUGGAGUUUCGUGCUGGUAAAAUGACCUUGAAGGGGAACGUAGUGACACCAGACAAACGCAAGGGCACGGUGUACAUCCAGCAGUCCGACGACUCCCUGAUUCACUUCUGCUGGAAGGACAGGACGACUGGGAAUGUCGAUGAUGACCUGAUCAUCUUCCCUGAUGACUGUGAAUUCAAGAGGGUGAACCAGUGCACCACCGGACGUGUCUAUGUGCUGAAGUUCAAGGCUGGAUCCAAGAGACUGUUCUUCUGGAUGCAGGAGCCAAAGACUGACAAGGAUGAUGAGCACUGUCGUAAAGUGAAUGAGUAUCUGAAUAACCCUCCCAUUCCUGGAACGGCAGGCAGUGGAGGCGGCAGUGGCCACGAACUCUCCGCACUCGGAGGAGAGGGAGGCCUGCAAAACCUGCUGGGAAAUAUGAGCCACAACCAGCUGAUGCAGCUGAUCGGACCAACAGGACUGGGAGGACUGGGUCUGGGAGCUCUAGCAGGACCUGGACUCGCCAACUUGCUGGGCAGCGGAGGACCAGCCACCAGCAGCUCCUCAUCUAGCUCUCGUAGCCAAUCAGCAGCAGCCACACCUGCAUCAGGCGCAGCCCCCAGACUGAGCUCCUCUCAGGCCCCCACCACCCCUGUGACUCCCGCUGCCUCAGCUGUCUCCCCUACUAGUGUUGCUCCGUCCACACCAGCCUCAGCUCAGACCCCAGUGGUCCCAGCCUCGGUUGGAAGCCCUGCCUCCCACCAGCCCAUCCAGCUCAGUGACCUUCAGAGCAUCCUCGCCACCAUGAACGUCCCAGCUUCGGCUGCUGCUCAGGAAUCAGCGGUGGACCUCGCGAGUAUUUGCACCCCGGAGAUGAUGGCUCCCAUCCUGACUAACGCUGAGGUGCAGCAGAGGCUCCUGCCCUUCCUGCCCAGCGGAGAAAGUUUACUGCAGAGCGCUGACGAGAUCCAGAACACAAUCAACUCACCUCAGUUCCAGCAGGCCAUGAGUAUGUUCAGCAGUGCCUUGGCCUCCGGGCAGCUCGGCCCGCUCUUGAGUCAGUUUGGUCUGCCGGCAGAAGCUGUGGACGCUGCCAACAGAGGAGAUGUGGAGGCGUUUGCCAGAGCCAUGCAGGGCAGUAAAGCAGACUCCAAAGAGAAGAAAGAGGACGACGAGGACAUGAGUCUGGAUUAGAGCUCACACUGCCAAGCCUCAACUGAGUUUCAGUAAAAAUCUGAGAUUCCUUUUCAUUUCAGUACUUUUCUUUACCCCCCCCCCCCCCCUUAAUGUUGUCUUGUCCUUUUUUAUACCAAAGGCAACACUCUGCUCCUACUCAGGAUGAACAGCACAGGGUUAGCAGAGCUGUGGACACCAUGUAAACCGUUUGGCCUAAUUGUUUAUCAUUAGCUCUGUUUUGUUGAUCAUUACUUUUACUCUGACAGGAGAGAGUCCGUUCUAUGAAACAAAGGGGAUUGAGCCUUACGUUUGAUGUUUUCUUUCUGUUGUUGCACCACAGUUGAGGCUGUCGGAGCCUGAGUGAGUGCUGAUACUCUCAGGCUUUUUUGUGAUUUACUCUGAAUAAAAAAAAAUAUAUUGGCAAACAA